AUGAUCGAAAGCGACCCCGCCUUCGCCAUGUCCGGCCUCGUCAGGAACCCGGGACCGGCCCGCCGGCGGCCCCCCCCGCAGGACUACAGGCUGUUGGGCUCUGACCCCUCCCAUCUGAGCGAAGAUGACUUCCCCGGCGACUUGCAGUCCCUUUCGUGGCUGACCUCCGUGGACGUCCCUCGGCUGCAGCAGAUGACCAGCGAAAGAAUGGAUUUUGGCCUCGCGUCCCAGAACGUGGUCCUGCAGCAGACAGGUAGAAAACUCGGUGCCAUUCACACCUCGGGGCCCCCAAGAGCUACGGCUCACAUACAAGCCAGCGUGUCUCCAAACAUUCUGGGACUUCACACCAUCUCGCCCCACGAAAGUGACAUCAGCCAGUACCUGGUGGGGGGGCAGCCGUCCCCGCUCUUCCCGCCUCCCUCUGGCCAGCAGAUCUUCACCAUCACGCACAGCACGCAGCAGCCACAGUGCAACCCGGUGACCAUCUACAGCACCUCCUCCUACGGCGCCCACCCCUCCUUCUCUCAGCCCCGCCUGGCUCCUCAUGCAGCCCCCGAGCUGCACCCCAAGCACUACCCCAAGCCCAUCUACUCCUACAGCUGCCUGAUCGCCAUGGCCCUGAAGAACAGCCGGACGGGCAGCCUCCCCGUGAGCGAGAUCUACGGCUUCAUGAAGGAGCACUUCCCCUACUUCAAGACAGCCCCUGACGGCUGGAAGAACUCCGUGCGGCACAACCUGUCGCUGAACAAGUGCUUCGAGAAAGUGGAGAACAAGGCCAGCAGCUCCUCGCGGAAGGGCUGCCUCUGGGCCCUCAACCCGGCCAAGAUAGACAAGAUGGAGGAGGAGAUGCAGAAGUGGAAGCGGAAAGACCUGGCCGCCAUCCACAGGAGCAUGGCAAACCCAGAGGAGCUGGACAAGCUGAUCAGUGACCGCCCUGCCGGCUGCAGGAGGCCCGGCAAGCUGGCGGAGGCUGAAGGGUCCCUGCGCAGCCAUGGGGCAGCCGCCGCCCAGGCCCCCCUGCUGCAGGUGCAGCCCCAGCCGAUGGGGACGCUCUCCUUGCAGUCCGUCCGGCUUCACCGGCAGAUCCAGCCGCAGGCGUGCUUGGCCCCCGACUCGCCAGCCCCUGCCCAGACGCCCCCCCUCCACGCCCUGCCCAGUGUCCACCACAGCCCCCUCCCUCAGCACCUGGUGAGCCGGGCCCCCGAUUUCCUCAGCGUGAUGACUGACCUGAACACGGAGGUGGAUGCCCUCAACCCCAGCAUUAUGGACUUUGCGCUCCAAGGGAACCUCUGGGAGGAGAAGGAGGACGACAGCUUCAACCUGGAGACCUUGGGGGCCUUCAGCAACUCCCCCCUGGCGCUCUCCGACUGCGACCUGGGCCCUGCCCCCAGCGCCGGCGACCACUCCUUUGCAGACUUACAGGUGACGGGGCUCUACACCACCUACGCCACGCUGGAUGCCGUCUCCCCCCCACAGUAUCGGGGCCCUCAAGGGAACAAGCCCAUUGCUCUGCUCUGA